CAUUCCUAAUAAUCCACCACUAUCUAGAAAAGAAGAAAAAAUAUGUAAAAUCAUUUGAUUAUGCGAAACUAACAUCAUCCACUAUAAAAUCAUUAACUAAAAUCCCUGAUCAUCCAUGUCCUUUCCCUCACUGCUCGAGAACUGAAAGCAUGGUUUUAUUUAAGCAAGCUUCAGUUUCAACUUUUUCUACACUCCUUCUUUGUCUUCUCUUGGUAGAUUGCCAGAUCCUUGAAAGUCCAUCACCAUUAGUCCCUGACAUUCUAAGCUUCAUAGACAAGAGGCUCGCUCAGGUCUUCCCAAUUAUUCAAACCUUCAAGAAAACAAUAACCUCAGACCCUUUUGGAAUAACUGCAACUUGGGUUGGUCCAAAUAUAUGCAACUACACAGGCUUCUACUGCGAUCACCCACCGGACAACAGCACAGCCACCACAAUCGCCUCCAUAGAUUUCAAUGGCUUUCACCUCGCCGCCCCCACCCUGGACGGUUUCAUCGAUCAAUUCCCUGACUUAGCUUUGUUCCAUGCAAACACCAACAAUUUCUCGGGCACCAUUUCACCAAAAAUAGCAAACCUCAAGUAUCUAUACGAACUUGAUGUAAGUAACAAUUUUCUCUCUGGGCUAUUUCCCAUCUCAAUCCUAAACAUUCCCACCUUGUCCUUUUUGGAUAUUAGGUACAACCUCUUCAUUGGUACGGUGCCGCCACAAAUAUUCAAGCAAUCCUUAGAUGUACUUUUCCUCAACAACAACAAUUUCAUGCUUACACUACCCAAAAAUUUAGGGGACACACCAGCACUUUAUCUCACUUUAGCAAACAACAAAUUCACUGGCCCCAUUCCUCGUAGCAUUAAAAGAGCCUCGUCCACGUUGAUCGAAGUGUUAUUCUUGAACAACUUCUUAACGGGUUGUCUUCCUUACGAAAUAGGGUUUUUGGGAAAUGCCACAGUGUUUGAUGCCAGUAGCAACCUCUUGACUGGGCCGUUACCAUGUUCGUUUGGAUGCUUGAAGAAGGUGGAACAGCUUAACCUGGCUAGGAACUUGUUGUACGGACAAGUUCCAGAAGUGGUGUGUGCUUUGGGGAAUUUGGUGAAUCUAUCGUUGUCCUAUAAUUACUUCACGCGAGUGGGGCCAUUGUGUAAGAAGCUGAUCAGAAGUGGUGUCGUUGAUGUGAGGAAGAACUGUAUUUUCGAUCUUCCAGAUCAGAGAUCAGUGGGGGAGUGUAUGGCGUUCUUCUUGAUCCCCAGAUCUUGUUUGCAACAUGCGUCGUUUAAUAUUAUACCAUGUGAGAUUCCUCCAUGGACGAAACCUCGGGCGAGAACUAAGAGGCAUUUGCUGUCAUAUUCUGCUCUUUCGAGAAACAGAGUAGUUUUGUAACUCAGAAUUGUGUAGUCUGUA